UUGCCAAACUUCUUUGGUGCAAGUUCGGGUAUCGGACGUUCUACGGCUGUUCUGUUCGCAAAAUUAGGAGCUAAUGUGUCACUUGUGGGUCGUAAUGAGGUUAAUCUCGAGAAGACUCGGAAAAUGUGCCAAGACGUCGCCUCAAAUCCCGGGGCUCAAUUUCUCGUAGUCAAGGCGGACCUCGCUGAGCUUGAUCAGGUUUCAGGCGCCUUUACUACAACUGUCAAGCAUUUUGGCAAAUUGGAUAUUUUGGUGAACAAUGCAGGCUUCCAACUGAGAGAUAGUGUUGAAAACUUUGAUCCAAUCGCUUACGAGCGUCUUAUGAACGUGAAUGUGCGCUCUGUCUUAACACUUUCGCAUCUGGCUGUGCCAAAAUUAGAAGAGGCAAAGGGAUGCAUUAUUAAUGUUUCUAGCGUAUCCGGUAACAAUUCGGUAAGUAGCGUAUUGGCUUUCGACAUCAAUGCUCACUUCUAUGUGCGUAUAUUUCAAUGUCCGGAGCUUUUUACAUUGAUAAAACUAUUCGUUGGAGGCGUAUGA